AUGAAUGAAAUGAACGCGACAUUACGGAUCAGUGGCGUAGAAGUUCUUGCAAGACAGAUUAAAAUAAUAGAGGACAAGUUCGAGAGUUUCGCAGUGUCUGUAAAUGAUACGAUCAACAACGAUCAGCGGGUUCUGAAUGAACUGAACCAGUCCUUGUCAGAAGUGCUUUCAAAUAAUUGUGGUAGUUGUCGGGAAAUUUUACGGAAAUACCCGUUUUAUGAGGGAAGAGAUGGUGUAUACAAAUUACACGUAGCCUCUGAAGUAAAGUCUGUUUACUGUGACAUGAGUACAGAUGGAGGAGGGUGGACGGCUAUACAAAGAAGACAAGAUGGAUCUACAGAUUUUUACAGGACGUGGUCAGAAUAUAAACAAGGAUUUGGGGAUCCAUCUAAAAACUACUGGAUCGGAAAUGAUGCAAUAUAUGAGCUGACAAAGAACAAGGACCAGGAACUCCGGGUUGACCUACAAAGAUUUAAUGGUGACAAAGCAUACGCUCAGUGCUCCACAUUUUAUAUCGCGGACGAGGACACUAAAUACAAACUCAAUGUAUCUGGGUUCUCAGGAACUGCAGGUGACAGUUUAAAGUAUCACAAUGGCUAUAAAUUCACUACUAAGGACCAGGACAAUGACGGAUAUAGUGGUAACUGUGCUGUAUCAAAUAAGGGAGGCUGGUGGUACCGGGUCUGUGCGUACGCAAACCUGAACGGACAGUACGGACGGUCUUCAGUGUCUGGUAGUCAAUACCUAGUAUGGUAUCACUGGAAAUAUUGGGAAGCAUUAAAACAGACUUUGAUGAUGGUCAGACACAGGAACUAG